AUGCAAACGCCAAUCCAGAUGCUCAAUGCACGUAGCCAAGCGAAUGAAGAUUAUGAGCGUGUGACAGGGUAUGAUCGUAGUGGAACAUUUCGGGGUAGUCCGUGGAAACGUCAACUCAGUGGUUCUAGCGGACCAAGUAGUAGAGGAUCAUUUGGUAGUGGAUCUGGUUCGCCUGGCGUAGGAGGGUUUUCACAGUUUAGUAAUGCUGGGUUUUCAAACAUUGGGGGAACUUCAAAUUUUGGCAGUGAAGGUCCUUCAAACUUGGGAGGGUUUUCGAAUUUUGGUGGUUCCGGUUCUCCGAAUCAAUUCAGAAGAAGACAAGGAUUUCAAGUUCCAAAUUCUCAACAACAAUUUGAUGAGAAUUUAAAUCCCCGAGUUGUCUCUGAUGAAGGGUUUGAAUAUAGACCUGCGUCUUCAUCUGAGUUACUCGGACGUUUCAAUUUGUCUGAUUUCAAUCGUAACGUUAGAAACAAUGAUAAUAAUGGAGACAAUUAA